AUGAUAUUCAUCAUUCCUAUUCUAUUUCUCUGGGUGAGCACAUCAUCCGCAGACAUGGAGUGCGGUGGUGACCUUACAGUUGAUGUAAGAAAACGAAUAAUUGAAACCCAUAACGAGCAUCGUAGGAAAGCCGAAAAGGGAGAAGUAGAGGGCAGCAAAGGGAAGUUGCCUGCAGCUAUGAAAUUAGCUGACUUGGAAUAUGACUGCGGAUUGGAGCAGGAGGCUAGGAGGAGAUGCAAAGAUUUCAUAGACGUCAAUUUCCUUUAUGGAUUGGGAGCCAACGAUGACGUUGUCGUCGGAAAGGGCUGUAAUCCACCCCCGCAACCUGUCAAAGACUUCCUUACAUCGUUUAAUAGAUGGUGGGAACAAUCGAAAUACAUUGAGCCGUCAGAAAAUAAUACAGUACUUCUCAAGCAUAUAUACAACGGCCAACCUUUCGCACAGAUCGCGUCUUCCAAAGUUACGAGGGUUGGUUGCCAGCUCUAUAAGAAAGGACGAUUGACUUCAGUUCUAUGCUUAUAUAACAGUCGUGUGUUCCCAGGCGAUCGCAUUUAUGAGAAUGCAUCCAAGGCAUAA